CGCGGGUUUUGUUUAUGUUUUGGCUGUUGCGGUCUUGAGAAGCUCCUGGUAUUCGAUAUUAGCUGAUAAUGGUCUGUUGUUUUGAGUAAACUACUGCCAGUUGUUGAUAUUCUCCUCAGUGUAAUCCCUCAGCCAGCUCGACACCUCUGCAAUUCGUUAUCUGCCGCCAUGAACCGGCUAGGAAAAGGCUCGGUCCUGUUCAUCGGCAUCCUCUUCCAUCUCAUUUAUCUAUGGUCAAUCUUCGACAUCUACUUCAUCACCCCGCUGGUGCAUGGCAUGCGCCACUUUGUCUCCACCGAGGAGGCUCCCGCUAAGCGUCUCUUCCUCAUAGUCGGUGACGGACUGCGAGCUGACAAGUGCCUCGGCACACGAUAUAACGCGACCACGGAUGCAUACGAGUAUGCUGCGCCGUAUUUGCGGUCAAAGAUCCUGGACGAAGGAACUUUUGGUGUGUCGCAUACUCGGAUGCCUACAGAGUCCCGUCCCGGACAUGUCGCCAUAAUUGCUGGCUUUUAUGAGGACGUCAGCGCGGUAACCAAAGGCUGGAAGGAGAACCCGGUGAACUUCGACUCGGUCUUCAAUCAAUCGCGCCAUACGUGGUCCUUCGGCUCGCCUGAUAUAUUACCAAUGUUUGCGCUUGGCGCUUCCGAUCCAGAGAGGGUUGAGACGUUCAUGUACGGGCAUGAAUUUGAGGAUUUCACAAAAGAUACGCGCGACCUAGAUACGUUUGUGUUUGACCAUCUCGAGAGACUGUUUGCGAGCGCAAAGACAGAUCCAAAAAUAGACGCAGCACUUCGACAAGACAAAAUCGUGUUUUUCCUCCACUUGCUCGGUAUCGACACCGCGGGCCAUGCAAGCCGACCAUACUCGCUGCAGUACUUUCAAAACAUCCAGCACGUCGACCAAGGCGUACAGAAGCUAGAGAAGCUUGUCAAUGAGUUUUAUAAUGACGAUAAGACCGCUUGGGUGUUUACUGCCGAUCACGGAAUGAGUGAUUGGGGCAGUCACGGCGACGGACAUCCUGAUAACACGCGUACGCCGUUGAUUGCCUGGGGUGCGGGUAUUUCGAAACCGGAUAAGGAGAAUCCUGUCGGUCAUGACGAGUUUUCGGAGCCGUGGGAGCUUAAUUCCGUCAAGCGCGUGGAUGUCGAACAGGCAGAUAUCGCGUCUCUUAUGACGUUUUUGGUCGGAUUACAAUAUCCUGCCAACUCGGUUGGCCGGCUACCAUUGGAGUUUUUGGACGCGUCCGUGUCAGUGAAGAGUAAAGCAAUUGUGGCUAAUGCAAAAGCCAUAUUGGAGCAAUACCGCAUUAAGGAGGCCCAGGUUGAAUCGUCAGAGCUCAAUUUCAAGCCAUACCCAUUGAUUGAGAAUAGCACCAGUAGUUUAGACAAAUUGGUUGAUGCAGCGACUUCAGCAGACAAGACUGGAGAUUAUGAUACUGCGAUUGGUCUCUCGUAUGAGCUAAUGCAGCUUGGCUUGCAGGGUCUUCGGUACCUGCAAACUUAUAACUGGCUGUUUUUACGAACGUUGGUUACGCUGGGUUUCGUGGGCUGGAUUUUCUACGCUCUCACCUCCUUUUUGGAUUUUUAUAUUUUGCCCACGAAGAUCGAGCCCUCUUCUGGAUUAUUUUUCUCGUCUCUUGCUGCUAUUGUCUUUUCGAUCGUGUCUGGAGCACUGUACUUGCAGCAUGCGCCAUUCAUGCAUUACCUGUAUGCCAUAUUCCCGGUCAUAUUUUGGGAAACGGUGCUAGAGUACCGCACUUCGCUGCUAGAAGGCCUGAAGAUCCUGGUCUGGAAGUCUGGCAGCAAAGAGCCAAACACGGUAGGAAAGCUUUUGGUUGAGAUUAUUGCGUUCUUUGCACUUAUGGAGGCCAUCGUCGUGGGAUAUUUCCACCGAGAAGUGUUUUCGGUCAUUUACAUGAUGCUGUCUGUGUGGCCGUUGAUUCAGAACUAUGAGUUGAGCAAGAAAAAUAAAGCGCUGGUGCUUACGUGGAUCGUUACGUGCUUUGCGAUGAGCUCGUUUACGCUGCUGCCGGUCAUCAAAGUCGAGAGCAUCACGCAGAUCUUGAUCGCUGGAGUUUUGAUGACAGUCUUAGGAGCCGCUGGUACGAUUUAUCUCUCGGUGAGGCCGAAGAAGGACGGACAGAAGCUGAAUAAUGUUACAAUGGUCAUCUUUGGAAUCCAGCUUGGCUUGAUUGUGCUGUCGAUGUUUGUGACGUACUCUACGGUGGAUUCGCUGCAGGAAGGCAAAGGUCUUCCGUUUGGCAAUCAGAUUGUUGGGUGGACAGUCUUGAUGGGAUCGAUUGUGGUUCCGUUUAUGCACAUGAAGUAUCGCUAUCAUGACUACAAGACCCGGCUGCUGAUUCUUUUCCUCGCGUUUGCGCCUACUUUCAUCUUGCUUACGAUCUCAUACGAAGGUCUGUUUUAUGUAACCUUCUUUGUCAAUCUUGUGUGCUGGGUUGAUUUAGAGCUCAAGGUCUACGAGGACCGCCGCACGAUCGCGGCUGCCGCGGCAGGAAAGAAUGGUACAGAGAAGAAAGGCGGAGCAGCUGCUGAGCGCAGACUGGAGCUGGCCGACGUGCGCAUCGCGCUGUUUUUCUUCUUCUUGACGCAGAUUGCGUUUUUCGGAACAGGAAACGUCGCUAGUAUUUCCUCAUUCUCACUCGAUUCUGUCUACAGACUGCUGCCGGUCUUUGACCCGUUUUCCAUGGGGGCUCUGCUGAUAUUCAAGAUCCUCGUGCCGUUCGCCGUGAUCUCUGCCGACCUGGGUCUGCUGACGCAGCGGCUCGGCGUGAAGCCGUCGUCGCUGUUCACGAUGGUGCUCUCAAUUUCCGACAUCCUCACGCUUAAUUUCUUUUACCUGGUGCGCGACGAGGGCAGCUGGCUUGAUAUCGGAAUGAGCAUCAGCCAUUUCUGCAUUGCCAGCUUGCUGUGUGUGUUUGUGAUUGCGCUUGAGUACUUUUCGGAGACGCUGGUCAGCGGGGUGACUGUAUAGAGAACCGCCGAAGCAAUGUAAUAUAUACCAUAAUUUUAUAAAAUAGUCAUAAUCAUGUUUAAUACAACAUCCUUCUUUGUUCAAGAUCCAGCA